AUGAGUGACCGCAUGAAACUUCGCGCCACCAUCCGAGCUCCCUCGCGAUAUGGUGAAUCCAAUGAGGAGUCACCAACUGCAGUCCUGCUCCAGUCAAUGCGUCGUGCUCGAGGGGAAAGCACCCUGAUACAAAACCCCGAUGGCUCGACGCGCUUGUUUCAGAGAAAGCCCAAUAUCGAGUUUGAUCCAAAUUUGCCCCCUGCGGCGUUUCCAACAGUCGACUUGAACCGACCGACUGGGUCAAUGAAAGUGAUCCUCAAGAAAAGCCCAAAUCGUCGCGUGGACAAGAGUCCCUCGAAGACUGGUCGAAACGUUAACUUCUCGCUGGUGCCGGGUGAUGACGAUUAUGAGAUGGAGAACGUGUCUUUAAAUGAUAUGGAAAAUUAUGCGGCGAGCAACACCAUGUUGAACCCUGUUUAUGUGAAAAAUAUGGAAGUCAUGACUGGGAAGAGCAAGUGUGGUGAUACCGAAGAAUGUGCUGAUCCCGUAUUUGAAGAUAGUGAUUUAGAUGAGCCGGACGAUACAUCAGUGAUCCUUGGGAAGAAGAUUCCCAACCCCACCUGGGCUGAUAUCAUGCCCGCGUUGCAAGUCGAAAUCAUCGAAAACAUGUUCAAAGCUGGGAGUAGCUGGAGCCACAUCUGUGCCAAGCUUGACUUGCAGAAGGGGGAACGGAACAAGUUCAGGGAAUUCUUGAAGACUCGCAACCAGCAAUUCCGACGAGAGAACCUGCAUCUCGCCAAAAUGCGAGACAACCAGUUGCAUGCCCUGAUGCAAAUCGAUAACAGUAAUAUCAAGACCAAUGAUGUACCACACCAGCUGGUUCUCCGCAGAUUGACCGAGCAGGCUACUUACGAUAUCAUGUCCGAUCGACUGCCUGAUCUCUUGAUGUGCCAGGCCGCUGAUAUCCUAGCCGCUAGACAGUACUUGCGCCGCCGUUCACUGUCACAAAACUUAGCAGGAGAGUGGGAUCACAGUCUCGUGGUGUUGCGACAACCGGACGACGAGAAUAGCUUGGAACCGGAACAAUUCAAAUGGAAAGAGAAUCUCAACCUAGCCCCCGAGCUCACAGAGGAGAUUGAAUUCCUAAGAGAUGGAGAUAACCCGGUUAUCAAGACCAGACGGGGAUACAUCCAAUGUGUUGCGGGCAAGGAUACUGUUUACCUCCGUGAUGUGAAACUCAAGGCCGGAGAGAAACAGCCUAGUGAAAAUUGGAGGAAAUCCUUCCGAAACUGGGAUCCCGAAAAUCAAGUCCAGAAGUCGAAUCUCGACCAUGAAGGCGAUGGACUAGUCCGUUUGAUGGUCGGCCAUGAGAGAGCAGCGCAGAUUCACCAAUUCGAUCUAGAGGUGAAGCAAGAGGGCGAGGAUGAUGAUACUAUGAUGUACUUGUCAGUAACCACACCGCAGCGAAAUGCUACCCCUAUUCCAGACUCGUCACCGUGUGUAGCACCCGAUGAUACCCCGAUGAGAAAGCCCAUCAAGCCCAAGGUUUUAUCCCAUCAGCUCGUGGAAAGCUCAAGCCCGCCUCUUGAUGUGCUACAAGUUGGCAAAGAAAUUCACAAGGCGUUGGCGUUGGUCCGUCCAAAACGGCUACAAAUACCUCUCAAACGUGUGUAUGAUCCCCCCAGACACGGAUUAUUCUCAGUUCGACGAAUGAAUCACUCAGAUGAAGAGAUUUUGAUGCCAGUGAAGCGUUCGCUGGGCGGCUGCUGGUCCAUGAGCUCCAUUCGCUUCAUCGAUCCGGCCGUCGGACAAGAGCGCUACAUGCAACAGAUUGAGGAAGCCAGGUAUGAAGCUGGUAAAUUGGAAUGGCAGAAGGAGUUCAAUAAAGAUGUUGAAGCCGAGCAUGUGCUCUGUAAAGAGCAGCAGGAAGGAUUCGAGCUGUCUUUGUUGUCGCCAAUUCGGGAUAAUGCCCCCGACGACAUGUUUCGCAAGUAUCUAAACCAGCGUGAUCUGCCACCUUCCGACAAAACCUACAUCAGUGAUUCCGAUUUCGGAAACUCAUGGGGUGAUACUGAUGACGAUCUAUGUGGUAUUGAUUUGAUUAUGAAGGAUUAUGUGGCAUCGGUCGAUGUUCCACCGAGGGAAUCGAAGGGAGAUCAGGAUAGCCUGGAGACGAUCGAUACUCCAGUGAUCGAUGCUUCCCUGACGAAUGACUCGGAUGAUGAGAUGGUGAUGAUUGAAGAUGGUGUGUAA